UAUGAUACUUGAAAUGACUUCGAUUUCGUUGUGAAAAAGAAAUGUUUCACAACAAAAAACGGUCUCUGUACGCUCAUUCUUUACGUGGUGUCGGAACUGGUUCGCGACUAAUAAUUACAAAUGAAUAUCUUACCAAGCAAGGUUUGAAAAUCGAGAAAAUGACGAAAGUUUUAAAAUGGAUAAAUCAAGAGGGACGAGCAUUUUAUUCUUCUAAGGCCGUUGAAGAAUUUAUUCGAUCAGAGCAGGAAGGAGAAAUCCUCUCAGACGAAUCAGACGCUGAUUAUUUACCCUCGGCAAGUAGUGAUGACUGCCUUAGCUCCCCAGAGAAGUCCUUCAAGCAGAAACGGCUCAAAGUCAAUCAAGAUGACAGUAAAAUCUCAAUUGAGCUUCCAGUAAAGUAUCACAUAGCAAUGACAUCUCAGUUAGAGGAUUUUAUAGAACAAAUCAACAAGACACAUUCCUGUACUGUGCCAACUGGAUGCAAAGGAAAACUUGUACCAGUAAAGAUCCAAGAGAAAGGCCUGGGAGGUGCAGUAAAGGUCAAUUUUGCAUGUUCUGGCUGUGGCAAUGAAAUUCACUAUGCCAGUAGUCAGGUUGCAUUAUUACACCACAAACGAAACUGUGUGUCUCUGGAAACAGCCCUUUGCUUUCUUGUAUAUGGACAAGGUUACCAUAACUAUUACAAGGUUUUGAAGUUAGGUGUGGGUUUAGAUGUUCUGGCAAGAAUUAAUUUCCAGAAAAUUAUUAAGUUGGCUUACCCACACAUUAAAACUGUCUUGGAUGGCAUGUGUGAAAAAGCAAAGAGCAAUAUGCAGUCAAAGGCUUCUGAAGAACUAGGUACUUGGCAGCGUGCUGUGACAACUUCUGAUGGAUGUUGGUAAGGGGCUUUCAUAGUCGAUGCUGUACCUUUGUUAUCCUUGAUUUUAUUUCUGGUGGAAUUUUGUAUUAUGGUCAUCUUUGUAUGAGAGGGAAAAAGAGUGUUUGUAACACUGAUUUAUGGGAAGGCACUUCCAAAGCUGCCGAGGGCCACCUUGCCUAUUUGCUUUUCACGGAGGCCAAAGAAGAGGGCCUCAACAUUGCUUUAAAUUGGCAGGAUCAAGAUUCAACUGCUGAAAUAUCAUUUAGAAGUAUUUUUCCUGAUGGUGAGUUGAAUCGUGUGGUGCUGUGUGGAGGUCAUGUUGGACGUUCCCAUGGGAACAAUUUGAAGGAAUACAAGGGGAAGAAAGUUGUUGACAAAGGCUUUAUUGAUAAGCACAAGAAAAACCACCCAGAAAUUAGCAAAGCAAAAUGCUGUUGUGAAGGUAAGAAACACUCCAAAUCAUGUGGGUGUCUUUCUGAUGAUUUCAUUGCUGCUGGAAAACGAAAUCAUUUUUCUGCUCUAAAACAGAGUCACAAUAGUUCAGAGGAAUAUUCCAGGCGUAUGAUAGCAUUGGGAAGAUAGCACUACAGAAAUAUACACCAGUGGAUAAAUAAGGAUGGCGAAAAUGAGGAGUGUGGAUUUCAUUCCCUGGUUAUUUGCUCUUGUGGGUCAUGUGUAAGCAAUGGAAGUGAUGGUAAUGACAGUAAUGAUGCUGGAAGCAGUGAUGAUGAUGAUGGCAGUGAUGGCGAUCAUAAUGUUAGUAAUGAUGAUGGUGAUAGUAAUGAUGAAAGUGAUGAUAAUGGUGAUAUUAAUGAUGAAAGUGAUGAUGAUGAAAGUGAUGAUGAUGAUAGUAAUGAUGAUGGCAGUGAUAAUGAAGACAGCGAUUAUGAUGACAUUGAUGAUAGUGAUGAAGAUGAAGAUCCUCAGUUGAAAUGCCCUGGUAAGUCAUAUACGACUCGAAAGAUUCUUCAUUGUGAGCUUCAUGCUCUGUUGUACGAGAUUGAGUGUACCCGAAUUUCUCAGAAAGCCAAAUAUAUUGUGCAUGAGGAAAUGGGGAGAUGACACUCAAGCAUGCCUGAGAGCAAGUUUAAUGUGUUGACUCGCUUUCGCACAAAGAAUGUUAACUUACACCAAUUACAUUAUUAAUUUAUUACACAUGUUGGAUUAUGCCAGAGUAAUAUGACAUUUAUGUAUAAAGAAUAUGGUCCGUCAUAUCACUGGAUGAAGGAAUAGUAUGACCUGUUGCACCUCCCAACUCCUGAUGGGUUGGAGGAAAUAUGGAGAAUGGAAAAUGAAAGGAGAAUGAAGGGGCUUAUCAAGAAAAGAACAGAUGCAGCAAAAUCUGCUAGAGCAAAGAAAAAGCAACAACGUCUUCAAGAGAGCAAACAAAGGAAAAAAUUUGUUCAGAGACAAAAGAUUGUGCAUAACUAUGGGGACCAAGGGGAAGAUGUUGGGGAAGAAGAAUUAUUACAGGAGGUACAAAAGAACAUUCGCAAGAACACUGGCACUCGGGAACAACCGAAAGCAACGAUGCUCCCCGAGGAGCCAGAGUGAAUAUUGGUGGACAGCAAUAUAGAUGCGGAAGUAAAAAACAUUUGCGCAUUUCCCACAGAACUUGUCCUUUGAAUAAAAACAAAAAUUCUUAAUAGAUACACUAAGACUGUAGAUUAUACAAUUUUACAGAGAACUCACAAAUUAAUGAGACUGUAUUGUGGACUGCUUUCUGUCAUGUCCCUUACUGUAAAAAAGUAGUUACAAAAAAGUAGAAAGUGUCUUCUUUGCAGGAUUGUAUAAUAAACUUAUUAUCCACCAAGCAUAUUUUAAUUGUAACUGUAUUUUGGUGAACCUUUUUAUAUCAUUUUGUUAUCUGUCUAUCCAAGAAAUGCAAAAGAAAUAGGGAAUGGRAAUAGAAAGGGAGAAGUGAAGAGGAGCACAACUUUAGUAAUAGGGACAAACUGCUGGUCAUAGUAAUCACAGUGGUUUAUUAUGUGUAUAUUUUUCCAGUAGUUACAAAAUUAAAUGUUUCUAUAUAGUGUGCUUAACAUUAGUAUAUGAAAURAAUAAACAUGAAUGCUAUGAAGUUCUCAAAUCAAAAGGAUUUAUUAUUGGUAUAAAGUUUUCCGGUGGUUACAAAUUAUACUUAUUUUGCUGGAUAGUAGCAUCAAAAGAAAGAAUUGCAGACUUAUUUCAUUACUAAAAUUUGAAAAAAAAAAGAAACAGUAGAAGC